AUGACUCCCACGUCCAACAUAGAGAGGCAUCUGAAAUUGCGAGUUCCCAUGGAUGGUCUUAGUCGUCAUGAUGAACUGCGAUGGAAUGAACAGCCUCUCCUCCUGUUCAUUCCAUUGCAGGCCGUGGGUCCCAAUGUGAAGUUUCUCAGACGUUCUUCUUGGGCCAAUGUUGACGUUAAAAUCGCCAAUUAUGACCUUGUAGAAGGCAUGACAUGGCUUCUCGGUAGAACUUCUCUAGCGGAGCGCACGUUGGACAACGAUGACCGUCUGGUCGACUUUUGCGAACAGACGGGCCUCAUCAUCGUUUCCACGUUUAAAAGGAAUCAUCGACGCCAUCAGCUCACGUGGCAAGGAUCGACCGUUGUAACGCCUGAAGAGCAGCGCAAGCGGAAGAUGAGGACUCUUAAGCUUCAGUUCGACUACGUUUUGACGAGGAACAUUCCUCAGUCGGAUAUCCGAAAAUCUAGAGCUGUUCGGGACCUCGCAUUCAACUCUAAACACAAGAGAAACCGAGGAGUUCCUCUUCAAUCGAGAAUCGACAUGGCAGUUCUGAAGGACGAUGAGUGCAGAACAAAAUUCCGCCAACGUGUGUCUAUUCAUGUUGGAGUACGGACCAGGAAGAAGCUUAGCGAUGCAGAUUCCUUCACAAAGUGCAUCCAGGAUGCUGCAAGGGAAACGCUCCCGGUUCUAUUGCCGAGGAAGAAGUUUGCCUUUGCAUCUGCGGAAACAAAAUCCACAUACAAUUCUGUAUGUGUAGCGCUCAGCGCUGGUGACUUCAACCAGGAAAAGCAUUUUAGAAGGAAACUGCGUCGUCAACUGCAACAAGACCGCGAUAACGAGUAG